CUAAUUUUGAAUCUUCCCUCUUUGUGUCGGCGCACAAAGAAGUGCUAUCAUCCGUUUGCAGCAGGUUCUUUGCUAUCCUGGUUAUAGGAUAGAGCUUACUAGAUCACUCGGAUCUGGAUUCUUUGUAUGAUAUAGGAGACAUAUAUGGGACCAAGUUCCCCGCCAGAUCUAGAAGCAAGCAAGCUACUAGCUAGGAGCUUCAAAUCACAUCGUUGCUUCCGUGCCCUUUACGAUUUGACAGUUUGCUAUCCAGUCGCUUGCCAUCUCUGGCCACAAUGCCUCCCAAGUUUGCAAUACCAGUGCGCACCUCAUCCCUCAUCCCGUCUGACCAGAUCCCUCCUUCGACAGAUCCUCCUCUGGUCGUUCCAGAGAGACACUCUUCUCUCAUGUCCCCUGGUCACCAGAACGCCAUUCUUCAUAGGACAACUAUCAGUUAUUCUCGACGAGUUUCUGCAGCCUCUACCAUUUCGGCGACGAGCUCUAUCUCUCAGUUUGUGGAUCAGAAGGCCAAGGUACUCGAGGCCGACCUUGAACUUCUUAAAGCGUACCGUGACGGAUUGUCGGAUUUGAAAACGACUAAAAAGAUCGACAUUGGCGAAUACGACAAGACUUUCAGGGAGGUCGAAAAUAGGAAAAGACAGCUCGACAAAGAAAAUCUCGUGCUUAAACGACAACGCAAGAUUCUGGAAGAAGACAUCGACGAUGAGAUCUCGGCUAAUAUUGGCGCCAGUCAUGGAGAAUUGGACAAGAUCAUGGAGAUCGCCUACAGCUCUCUAGUAACAGACAAGGUAAUGGCGGCGAGCAAUCUGUCAACACAAGGCCCGAAGCACAACCAAUCGAAGUACAGACAAGCCGUCAUCAAAUACCUGUCCGCUAAACCACACGAGGGCCUCGUAUGGUGUCACAUCCUCGGACGCCAUAUUCCAAGCCGCCUUACCAUAGCUGCCCAUAUUGUCCCCAAGUCUCUAGAGUCUGAACAGCUGUCCUAUCUCUUCGGAGCAAGCGACCUGCGGGUGUCUAUGGAUAGGCGUAACGGCCUAACCCUGGCUGCACAACUCGAGAAAUCCCUCGAUGCCGGUCAGUUGGUAAUUGUACCAAUGCGUCCUCAGCCACAGGAUGGAGCAACUCGGUGGAAGUGCAUCGUUAUUGACCAAGAAAUCAUGGAGAAGCCAAUCAUAACCCUCGGCUUGGGGGAUACAGUCUUAUUUAAGGAUGUGCAUAACAAGCCCCUAGAAUUCCUAUCGAAUAACCGCCCUGCCAAAAGAUACCUCUAUUUUCGCUUCAUAGUCACGUACCUCUACCACAAGCGCCGCGCGUCGAACCUGGAGUGGGUGGCACAAGUUGAGGCCAAAGGCACUUUAUGGGCCACACCAGGUCCAUAUCUUCGGAAAUCCAUGCUUAUAGCAUUGGCGCGUCGUGCAUCUGACCAUUAUGCACCAGAGGCAUUUUGGAACGGAGUAUUUGAAGAGGUCAACGAGUCACCUUCACGGAGUGCCACGGAGGAAGAAACUCUUAGUUACGCGCUUUCGGUUCAGAUCGACGCCAAAAUGGAUAGUGCCCAUGAAGAGAAUAUGAAGGAGGGUUCUGACGAGGAGGAGGACAUGGAGGAAGAUGCGGAAUACGAUCCAGAAGAGUGAUCUUUCACACACACUCUCUCUCUCUCGGUCUCUCUCUC